AUAUUUGUCACUAAAGAAAGCGAGUUAUAGGAACAUAAUCUAUCAUUUUUCACAACGGUUUGUUAUAUUUUCAAGUAUUUAACGACAAAACCACUCCAGCAAAAUGAGUAAUAUUUACAUCCAAGAGCCGCCAUCAAAUGGAAAGGUGCUGUUGAAGACCUCAGCUGGCGACAUUGACAUUGAGUUGUGGUCCAAGGAGGCUCCUAAAGCAUGCAGGAACUUUGUACAGUUGGUCAUGGAAGGUUACUAUGACGGAACCAUUUUUCACCGAGUGGUGCGUGAGUUCAUUGUUCAGGGGGGAGAUCCCACGGGAACGGGAACGGGUGGAGAGUCCAUCUUCGGCCGUCCGUUCAAGGAUGAAUUUCACUCCAGACUUCGCUUCAACCGCAGAGGUUUGGUUGCCAUGGCAAAUGCCGGCCCACAUGAUAACGGCAGUCAGUUUUUCUUCAGCUUGGGACGCGCCGAUGAGCUCAACAACAAACACACCAUAUUCGGCAAAGUCACAGGAGACACCGUCUAUAAUAUGCUCCGGCUGGCAGAAGUUCAAUGUGACAACGAUGAGAGACCUUUGGAUCCCCACAAGAUAAAAACUGCAGAGGUGCUUCACUCUCCGUUUGAUGACAUUGUACCUCGUGAAACCAGGAAAGGCAAGAAAGACAAAGAUAAAGAGGAGGCAAAGAAAUCGCAGUCAAGAGCCACAAAGAACUUCAGUCUGUUAUCUUUUGGAGAAGAAGCUGAGGAAGAGGAGGAGAUGGCGACUCAAGUGAGCCAGACGCUGAAGGGAAAAAGCAAAAGCAGCCACGACCUUCUGAAGGAUGACCCCAUGCUGAGCUCCGUUCCAGCGGUAGACAAGAAAAAGAAGAAGAAGACACCAGGAGACCCAGCUGAGGCAGACGACGCGGCCGAGGGCGACGUUGAAGUCGACGGCGACGGCGACGAAGAGUACGACUCCGACGAGAGAGAGAAGAGGCGGGAGAUCGUCAGCAACAAGCUGAAGAAGUUCAAAGAGGCGGAUAAACUAGCAGAGGAGGAGCAGCGAGAGACGAAGACCACCCGCAGUGAUGAAUUGCGGAAAGAGUCGCGGCAGCUGAAGAAGGAACUGCAGGCCAUAAAGCAACGGAAAGAAGAAGGCUCGAAACCCGCGGUGGAAGAAGUCAUGGAGGCGGAGGAAAAGCCGACCAGCGAGGCCGUGGCAGAGUUCCUGGAGGGACGCAAGAAGUACGAAGAUCAGCGGAAGGAAAAACUGAAGAAGGGCUCGACGAGAGAGCAACAGACGCUGGCCCUCCUCAACCGUUUCAAGUCCAAGCUGUCAUCGGCCAUUACCGACGAGGCUCCGGAGGUCGACGUGGAGGAGCUGGCGGAGGACGACGACAAAGGAUGGAUGGGCCACGUUCUGCAGUUCGACGAGCAGAGCAGGAAAGUCAAGGACGCCGCGGUGCCGGACGAGGACACGUUCGAGAUCCACGACCCGCGGAACCCCGUCAACAAACGGAGGAGAGAGGAGAGCAAGAAGAUCAUGAAGGAGAAGAAGACCAUGAGGUUCGAACAUCUGGAUUGAGAAUGCUGACCCUGUAAUCUGCGAUGGAAAGUCCUCCUCCAGCUGCAGCCGGACGACGUCCAGCUCCUCGUCGGGAUGAGGACCCCGGUCGCCGUUGGAUUUCAUGUAAUGUCGUUCGUUCCCUUUCGUUAUGCCGUUGUUCUUCUGCGUACGUGGUUCAGAGCUUAAACUUCAAAAUAAAUCGCAUUUGUCAACAGA